UGUAUUGUAUACUGCUUGUCAUCUCCUUUUUUGUUACGUUUCCAUAUUUCAACACUUUCUCUCUCUGAAAUUGCCAUUUUAGAUUGAGACGAAAGCUGCCAACCAGAUUACACGGAGCUUGUUUCUCAAUCCAAACAAAAACCCAGACUCCUUCUCUCCUCUCUUCUUUUUGCCUUUGCCUUUUUAUUUUAAAAUCAUAUUUGUUUAUAUAUCAUCACUCAAAGGCUUCCCUUUUCCCAGUGGAACUGCAGUUUGGGUUUUUGUCUGAUGGGAGGCCAAGGGUCCAAUUUUUUUUCAAAGGAAGUUGUUGGUACUCGUAUUGUAUUUGACUUCAUUCAUUGAAGAAGUGGAGACCGAGUUUUUCUGAGUUGGGUUGUUCUUGUUUCUUUUGUUGGUGUACCGAGUUAUGGACACCGGAGGUCGACUCAUUGCUGGUUCUCACAACAGAAAUGAGUUUGUCUUGAUCAAUGCUGAUGAAAAUGCAAGAAUAAAGUCCGUGAAGGAGUUGAGUGGUCAAACGUGCCAGAUUUGUGGAGAUGAGAUUGAGAUUACAGUAGAUGGGGAGCCCUUUGUCGCCUGCAAUGAAUGUGCUUUCCCUGUUUGCCGAACCUGCUAUGAAUAUGAGAGAAGAGAGGGAAACCAGGCUUGCCCUCAGUGCAAAACCAGAUACAAACGAAUCAAAGGCAGUCCUAGAGUUGAAGGUGACGAAGAAGAAGAUGACAUAGAUGAUCUGGACAAUGAGUUUGACUAUGACACUUUGGAUCCUCAACAAGUUACUGAGGCUAUGCGUACUGCACGCCUAAACAUGGACCGUGGUUCCCACCUUAAUGCUUCCGGAAUCCAUGAUGAACUAUAUUCUUCUCCUCCUAGCUCUCAAAUUCCUCUCUUGACCUAUGGCGAGGAGGGAUUGGAGAUUUCUGCCGAUCAGCAUGCUCUUAUUGUACCCUCGUCUAUGGGUCAUGGAAAUAGAGUUCAUCCAAUGAGUUAUGCUGAACCAUCCGUACCCUUGCAACCUAGACCGAUGGUUCCUGAGAAAGAUAUAGCGGUAUAUGGUUAUGGAAGUGUCUCAUGGAAGGAUCGGAUGGAGGAGUGGAAGAAAAAGCAGAAUGACAAACUUCAGGUGGUUAAGCAUGAAGGAGAGGGUGAUGGUGGAAACUUUGAUGGAGACGAGCUAGAUGCCGACUUGCCAAUGAUGGAUGAAGGCAGGCAACCACUUUCAAGGAAGCUGCCGAUUCCUUCAAGCAAGAUAAAUCCAUACAGAAUGAUUAUCAUCCUUCGUCUUGCAAUUCUUGGCCUCUUUUUUCACUAUAGACUUCUACAUCCAGUCAGGGAUGCUUAUGGUUUGUGGUUGACUUCUGUAAUUUGUGAAAUAUGGUUUGCCGUUUCAUGGAUUCUGGACCAAUUCCCAAAAUGGUACCCUAUACAGCGCGAAACAUACCUUGAUCGACUAUCCUUGAGGUAUGAGAAAGAAGGGAAGCCAUCAGAAUUAGCUAGUAUAGAUGUUUUUGUCAGUACAGUGGAUCCAAUGAAAGAACCUCCACUGAUCACGGCGAACACUGUUUUGUCCAUCCUCGCUGUUGAUUAUCCGGUUGAUAAAGUUGCAUGUUAUGUAUCAGAUGAUGGUGCUGCCAUGCUCACAUUUGAGGCUCUCUCUGAGACAUCCGAAUUUGCUAGGAAAUGGGUUCCUUUCUGUAAAAAAUUCAAUAUUGAGCCUCGUGCUCCAGAGUGGUAUUUUUCUCAGAAGAUAGAUUACCUAAAAGACAAAGUACAUCCAACUUUUGUCAGGGAAAGGCGAGAAAUGAAGAGAGAGUAUGAAGAAUUUAAAGUUAGGAUAAAUGGAUUGGUUGCCACAGCACAGAAGGUUCCGGAGGAUGGUUGGACGAUGCAGGAUGGAACUCCUUGGCCUGGAAACUGUGUUCGUGACCAUCCCGGAAUGAUUCAGGUUUUCCUUGGUCAUGGUGGUGUUCGCGAUGAGGACGGAAAUGAGUUGCCUCGCCUAGUUUAUGUCUCUCGUGAGAAGAGGCCAGGGUUUGAACAUCAUAAAAAGGCUGGGGCUAUGAAUGCUUUGAUACGAGUCUCGGCUGUUCUCUCAAAUGCUCCUUAUCUUCUGAACGUCGACUGUGAUCACUAUAUUAACAAUAGCAAAGCUCUUAGAGAAGCCAUGUGUUUCAUGAUGGAUCCAACAUCAGGAAAGAAAAUUUGUUAUGUACAGUUUCCUCAAAGAUUCGAUGGAAUUGAUCGACAUGAUAGAUACUCGAAUCGGAAUGUUGUGUUCUUUGAUAUCAACAUGAAAGGAUUAGAUGGCAUACAAGGACCGAUAUAUGUCGGAACGGGGUGUGUUUUCCGAAGGCAAGCACUUUAUGGUUAUGACGCACCAGUUACCAAGAAGCCGCCCGGUAAGACCUGCAAUUGUUUGCCAAAAUGGUUCUGCUGUCUCUGCUGUUGUUCCAGAAAGAACAAGAAAUCGAAGCAAAAGAAGACGACAAAGAAAACGAAGCAAAGGGAAGCUUCAAAACAGAUACACGCUCUUGAAAACAUUGAAGGAGUUUCAGAGUCAAACUCUCAGAAGUCAUCUGAGACGUCGCAAAUGCAACUGGAGAAGAAAUUUGGUCAGUCCCCUGUUUUCGUGGCUUCCACUCUUCUGGAGAAUGGCGGAGUUCCUCGAAAUGCAAGCCCGGCGUCAUUACUUAGUGAAGCGAUCCAAGUCAUAAGUUGCGGUUACGAAGAUAAAACAGAAUGGGGAAAGGAAGUUGGCUGGAUAUAUGGCUCUGUGACUGAGGAUAUCUUGACUGGGUUCAAGAUGCACUGUCAUGGUUGGCGAUCCGUGUACUGCAUACCUAAACGACCUGCUUUUAAGGGUUCAGCUCCUAUUAAUCUCUCAGAUCGUCUACACCAAGUUCUGCGAUGGGCUCUUGGAUCUGUUGAAAUUUUCUUGAGCAGACAUUGUCCCAUAUGGUAUGGAUAUGGAGGCGGGUUGAAAUGGUUGGAGCGAUUUUCCUACAUAAACUCGGUUGUAUAUCCAUGGACCUCUAUUCCAUUGCUUGUGUACUGUACCCUUCCAGCUAUUUGUCUUCUUACUGGGAAGUUUAUUGUUCCAGAGAUCAGCAACUAUGCCAGUCUUAUAUUCAUGGCACUCUUUAUAUCGAUAGCUGCAACUGGCAUUCUCGAGAUGCAGUGGGGUGGUGUUGGUAUCGAUGACUGGUGGAGAAACGAGCAGUUCUGGGUGAUCGGAGGUGCUUCGUCACAUCUUUUUGCCCUCUUUCAGGGUUUACUAAAGGUUCUAGCUGGUGUCAGCACAAGCUUCACUGUGACCUCGAAAGCAGCUGAUGAUGGUGAGUUCUCCGAGCUCUACCUCUUCAAGUGGACAUCCUUGCUCAUCCCGCCCACCACCUUGUUGAUCAUGAACAUAAUCGGUGUCGUGGUCGGAAUCUCGGAUGCCAUCAAUAACGGGUAUGAUUCAUGGGGACCGUUGUUCGGGCGACUAUUUUUCGCCCUUUGGGUUAUUAUCCACCUCUAUCCCUUCCUCAAAGGUUUACUCGGGAAACAGGACCGGAUGCCAACCAUUAUAUUGGUGUGGUCGAUCCUGCUGGCCUCGAUCUUGACCCUUAUGUGGGUCCGAAUAAACCCGUUCGUCUCCAAAGACGGUCCGAUUUUAGAAAUUUGCGGGCUGAAUUGCGACGACUAGGAAAGUGAAGACAAAAAUAAAGAAGAAAAGAGCUUUGGCACUUGAAUCAUGUCACUUGCAAAGGGCAAAGGCUGUUGUGAAAA